AGCCCCCCCACCGCGGCCCGAGGCCGGCCGCCCCCCCCCCCCACGCUACAGGGCCCCGCGCGCGGCGGGCGCGGGGGUGGGUGGGCUUCCCGCAGAUGGGCCGGGGCCGCGGGGCGCUCACAGGCCGAAUUGGGCCAUCCUCGCAAUGGUUGUCCCCGAUCCGCCCCCGAACGCCCCGGGCGCAAUCACGGCGUCCGACGAGGCCAGGGCGGCGCCCGUGUCCGUGAAGCUGCGGGAGAGGCCCAGCACGGGCGGGAGCGCCACAGGAUCCACCCGGGACACCGAGGCCGGCAGCCCGGCAAAGUCCGCCGAGGACCUCCAGGAGUGGCAGGACUCGGACUCGGACCUCAACGCCCCCCGCCCCGCGGCCGCCGCCGAGGCCACCGCGGCGGCUGCCGAGCCAGCCCAGCCACCCGCGCCGCCGCCGCCGCACUUGCCCAAGGUGGUCACGCCGCCCGCGCCCCCGGCGCCGCCGCACGCGGCGCCUCCACAGGCAGCGCCGAGGCCGGGCUGCGCGGCAGGUG